GCGGCGCCAUGGGGCCCUGCCGACCCGCGGCCAUCCGACGGGGGACGAGCACAGCCAUGCCUGCCCGACUACUCCUCGUGCUGCUCGAAGGAUCGUUGCUUCUCUGCGCAGCGGCGGGCGCGCCUGCGGAGGACGCGAAUUUCGGCUACGCGGCGCUUGGAAUUCUACGCUAUCGCGAUGCCUCGGGCUUCGAAUCUCUUCACUGCGCCUACGUGUCGACCCGCUUCAAGCGACCUCCAUACGGCAAAGAAAAUGACACAUUCCGCGAAGCAGUGUUCGUCUACGCAAACCAAAGCUGCGACCUGGGCCUGGAGAAGUCGACGGCCAAGCACGUGGUGCUCAUGCUUCCCGUGGACGAGAGCCCGUGUCCUUUCGAGGCGUCCUUCUCGCAAGCGGUGUCGGCCCACGCUUACUCGGUCCUCGUGGCUCGCAAUGUGACCGUGCAGGCGCCGCCACUGGGUACGGCUCCACCGAGGUGCCGUGACCGGUAUGGCUGA